CACUUCAGGCACCAACACUGAAAUCUUGGCGUAGCGUGGCUCUCCAUCCUCCUAAUGGCGACUACCGCUGUCUCAUACCGUCAGCCCGGCAGGCAAUCGGAAAGAUAAGAGUCUGAGACACGUGCUCCCAGAUUUCGACUGGCUAUACACAGGCUAUAUACUGACUUUUGCCUCGGAUGGCAGCUAUGCUCUCCGCCUCAGGCCCAGCUCCACCUCGCCCAACGCUUGACAGACGGAGCAUCUGGCUAACUCGUCUCCACAAGGACACCAUCGACUCACCUCAUACUUUCCGCUUUCUCGAUCUACCGCGAGAACUUCGAGAUCUGAUUUACGAAUACGUCUUCUCUGGAGUGUACGUUCCACUUGGCUUCACUAGCAUCAAAGCACAGAAUACAGGAAUACUCCUCGCCAGCCAUCAAACCUACGCUGAGGCCACCUUCGCAUACUACAACCUGUCAUCUUUCAACGUGAAGCGGCUAUGGGCAUGCACAAUCUGGAAGGCAGAACUCAGCAGUGAGCAAUGGGGAUAUGUUACAGCAGCGAAGACGAGGUUACACUGGGACUCCAUGCUCCGACUGAUGCCGCAGCGACAUGCGGUCCUCAUAGAUGUUCUAAAGAACUUGCGUUCCGAAGGCGUCAAGGUCAACCUUGCGCUACUCAAGAUGGUAGUCGAGAGAAAGAAGCGACCUCUGUGUCAGAAGAUCUUGAAUCGGUAUCAUGUUGCUCCGAGCACACGAUGGGGAAGGCCUCGAAGUUCUGACGGAAACCCAUCCAAUCAAUGGCGGAGGUGCGCAAGAGACAUGGGCUUGUCCGAUUGUGAUCAGGAUUGCUGCGUUCAAGUUCCUGGGAGAUUCUGCACUUGCUGGGUGUGCGGCGGGAGAGAUGUCGAGGAUGAUGGUAAUGAGGACGAGGCCUUUUGA